GCUAUGGUGCAACAUUGACCGGGAGUGGAGGCGGUACGGUAACCACUGUAUAUAUACCGAUAACACUCUAACACCAACAUUGUCUAGUGCAUUCAACAUUAAACAAAACAACAUGAAAAUCAUCAUUGCUCUUUCCCUCUUGGCGGUUGCCUUCGCCGCCCCUCAAGCCCCAUCGGAACCGAUCCCAAUUCUUCGUCAGGACAGUCAAAGCAACCCCGAUGGUUCCUUCCAGUAUUCUUUUGAAACCGGAAACGGUAUAGCUGCUGAAGCCAGCGGAGGCCUAAAGGAUAUUGGCGCUGAAGAACCAGCUCUGCAAAUCCAAGGACAAUUCCAAUAUCCCAGCGAAGAUGGAAGCAGUAUCCAACUGACGUACAUUGCAAAUGAGAAGGGAUACCAACCCCAGGGUUCAAUCCUCCCCACACCACCUCCAAUCCCCGCUGACAUCCAACGUGCUCUGGACUUCCUUGCAACCGCUCCCCCUCAACCGCAACAAUAAUAGCCUUAUAAUUUAUUAUUCCCAACAAAUGUAACUGGGAUUAAUAAAUGUGUAUAAAUAAUUUGAAUGUAAUAAUAAAACAAAGUAAUGGUGAGCAUAGAGAUCAGUCGAAUUUGUGUGAAAUAAAAUACAAAGUUAUUUUUAAUUAAAUGAGGCUAAAUAGACUAAUAUGUUCUAAUAAGAUUGAUUUCGGUGCUUGCUCAUACUUUGCUUGAUUAUCAGAGGGUCGCAAUGAUGUUUUGUAUUGAUUUUGUAUAUAACUUUUUU